UCUCUCGCACUCUCUCUCGCACUCUCUCUCUGCUUGUUCUCCUUGAGACCCCCUGCUCUCACUCCUCGUCAUCUCAGCCGGGAUUAGCUGCCAUCUACAAACACAUUUCUCUCUCUCUCCUCCACUUUCCUUCCUGACGGCUAUCCAGAGCGGCGUGUCAUACCGGGUGUUUUUUCUUGUUGCUAUUUUCUUGCACCUUUCAUCUGCGAGCCACCGCCGCCAAUCGUGACUGAGAAAACAAGGAGAAAAGCGUUUGGUUCUUCCACUCUCGCUCCCCUUUUUUCCCCGCUGGAUAAAAAAAUGACGACCAUGUUGGAUCUCAACCAGAUCGGCUGUUGUGCUGUGAGCGGCGUGGAGCAUGACCUCGAGACUCCCUAUGGCGUCCUCCAUGUCACCUUGAGAGGAACACCCAAAGGCAAUCGGCCUGCCAUCCUGACGUACCAUGACAUCGGUCUCAACCAUAAGUCGUGCUUCAACACGCUGUUUAACUAUGAGGACAUGCAGGAGAUCACGCAGCAUUUCGCGGUUGUCCAUGUGGAUGCCCCUGGGCAGCAGGAGAAUGCACCACCUUUCCCCACCGGGUAUCAAUACCCUACUAUGGAUGAGCUCUCUGAAAUGCUGCCAUCAGUGCUUACCCAACUAAAGAUCAAUAGUGUGAUUGGUAUUGGUGUUGGUGCAGGAGCCUACAUCCUCUGCAAACUGGCACUGAACCAGCCUGCAUUGGUGGAGGGGCUGGUUCUCAUCAAUGUGGACCCCUGCGCCAAGGGCUGGAUGGACUGGGCUGCCUCCAAGUUCUCUGGAUGGACAAGCAAUCUGGUGGACAUUGUGAUGGGGCAUCAUUUCAGCACAGAAGAGCUGACGGAGAACCAGGAGAUCGUUCAGACCUACCGUCUCCACAUUGCCCAGGACAUUAACCAGGACAACCUGGCACUCUUCUUCCACUCCUAUGACAUCCGCCAAGACCUAGACAUCGAGCGGCCUCUCCCAGGGGUUAAUGAGGAAACUGUGAAGACGGUGAAGUGUCCUGUUUUGCUAGUAGUAGGUGACACGUCCCCGGCUGUGGAGGCAGUGGUUGAAUGCAAUUCCAGACUAAAUCCCACAAGGACCACCCUGCUCAAGAUGGCAGAUUGUGGUGGACUACCCCAAGUUGUCCAACCGGGUAAACUCACAGAGGCCUUCAAGUACUUUAUCCAAGGAAUGGGUUACAUUCCCCAUGUGCUGCUCAGCCACCUGAACAGCGACUCAGUGGCCACUGCCAGUAUGACUCGGCUGGCGCGCUCUCGUACACACUCGGCCUCCAGUGCAAGCUCUGCGGACGGCGCACGCAGCCGCGUGCACACCAGCCAAGAGGAGGCUUCCACCGGACCCAACCGAGGCAACCAGGCCCGUCCGCAGACUAUGGAGGUGUCCUGUUAAAGCCUCUCUCUCUCUCUCUCUCUCUCUCUCUCUCUCUCUCUCUCUCUCUUCCCUCUGGCCCCUCAAUCUUUCCCACACUCUAAAUUCUGAAUCCGGAGAGUUCCGGUGUAAUGAAGGGAUGCAAAAAUGAUGACUGUGUUCCCAAAAGAUGUGUUUGAACAUGCAGGCACGUUACAUAGUCCUUGUACCCCUUCGUUUUUCUGCCUUGACCUUCGCUGGUUUCCUGAUACACUAUUCAAGUGAGUCUAUAUACUGUGUACUUUCUCUGUUUAAAAAAAAAAAAAAAAAAAAAAGAAAUUUUCACAUCAUCUUCCCUCCAUAUGUAUAUAUUUUGUUGAACACUGAGGCCUCUCUUAGAAAUGUUACUUGGAACUUCUUCUCUCUUUCCACUUUAGAGGCAUUCAAACCACGUAUCUGUUUUGUGGUUCAUUCUGUCUGACACCGGCGCACACCAACGACUCCGGUUUCUGUUCUAAUCAUUGUUACAACUCCUGCGCAAUUCCUCUUAAUGCAUUGUGCUUUGUGAAAAUUCCCUUUUCGUUUUCUUGAUUGCAGAAUAGGUGUUAAGAACCCUGUUUUACUGUAUCUUAUAAUAAAGAACUACCAAGAGCAUGGCCCUGUUUUCAGUGUAAUGUAGUGGGAGUGUAUAUUGGGAUUGGUUCUGUUUCGAUGUUUCUGCAGGUACUAUAGACUUGCUGUUCUUUUCCCGUUGAUUUUACUAUGACUGACGGAAGUGUCUCGGUAAGCUUAACCUCCAGAAGGUCAUUUCAUUUUCCAUUGUGGACUUGAACCUUAACACACCACCCCCCCUUUCUUGUUUUUGAGGCCUUUUAAUAUGAAUGAUUUGAUUUCUGAAGAUGAGCUGACCAGAAUGUAAAGGGGAUGAACUAGUGGUGUUGUUUUUUUGUUUUUUUGGUUUUUUUUUUGAGAGAGGAA